AUGUCUUCGUCGGACGCCGAGCCGCUCGUCGAAGCGCCGCCCAUCAUUCAGCCUGUCGGCUCCGGUGCCAUUCCCCAAAUCGACAAACUUCAGAAGGUCCUAUUUUAUUCCAUUUCAAUUGAUCCUUUUCAUUGAUUUCAUUGUCUUUGUGUGUUUAGACAAAAUAAGUAGCCGAAAAAGAAAUUUCAAAAAAAUCUUCUUUGAACUCAUCAUUUUUUUAUAACAUUGAAAAAAAUGUUAAGAAUAAAUAAUCGGAAAAUGAAUAUCUUUAUUUUUCAAUGUCAUUAUUUUUUUGAGCUUUUUUUCGCAAAAUUUCAAAUUUAUAUCCACUUUUUUUACAUAUAGUGAAAGUCAGUCGCAUAAUCCUUCUCAUAAUUAUUAUGAAAAUGUCAAAUAUAAUCAAACUUUUUGUAUAAUUUCUGUCACUGCUUUUUUUGUUGAUAAGAGAGUUUUUUUCAACGCAAAUAAUUUUUGAUUUCGUUAUCUAUACUUUUUUUCCGCAAAAUUUCAACUUUAUCAGACUUUUUCACCCUUUUUCAAACAAAAGUGGUUGCAUACUUUUCAUGAAUAACUUAAAAAUUUCAACUAUAAUCAAAAUUUUCGGUGGUAUGAAAAAAACACCAGCGAAAAUUCAAACGGCGACUUUUACGAUUUUUUCAUUUCGCUAGGGAACUUUCCGACGGCCACCUUUCCGACGGAUCCCUUUCCGACUUUUUUCCCUUAUGCUUUUCGGUUUAUAAAACAUCUAUGAACAUUUUUUACCUAUUUCUUUGUGUUUUAUUUAUGAACAAACUACCUACUUUAUAUAGGAAGAUGUAAAACGAAGAGUUUAUCGAGAAAAAAAGUCGGAAAAAAAGUUUCGUCGGAAAGUUCCCUAGCGAUAUGAAAAAAAUCGGAAAAGACGCCGUUUGAAAUUUUGCCGGUCUUUUUUUCAUACCACCAAAUUUUUCUAAGCUGCUGUUUUUCUUUUCUUGAGAAGAGAAUGUUUUUAAACGCAUUUUUAUUAGUAAACUCAAUGUGAUCCUGUUAUAUUCACCUUUAUAGAAAUUAGAAUCCAGAGAAAGAUCUUUUUUUAUGAUACUCUUUGUUGUAGGAGAAGCUCCUGGUGAUCCAAUGGGAGCACCUCAAUCUGUACAAGUUCUAUCCGCUGGCGCUGGCCAGUUCCUGGACGAUCCGUUGUCUUCUUUACCCGAUGUCGGUGGUGAAAAGCCGGCUGCAACUGCAGCGGCAGAACAACGUCUACCGGGGGAUGCGACACGCGUUUGUCGAGAUUGUCCGCACCGAAGGCGUCAGCGCCCUUUACCGAGUUAGUCCCCAUUUUGUUCCGCAGCCUUUUUUCUCUCUUUCAGGGCUUCUGGAUGACGUUGCCCCAGCUCUCCGCCUCAUUCCUCUAUUCCUCCACCUACGAGCGUGUUCGUGAUUUGCUCCAAGUCCACAUCGGGAUUAAAAACCAUUCCGUUGUUUCAGCUCUCGCAGGUAUGCUUUCGAUUAAAAAAAUAUGCAGAAUUGGAUUUUAGAAGCAUUUUGAAAUGGGAUGUAUCCCAAUAAUAUAAUGAAAGUUUCAAAAAAAAAAACAUAAUUUCCAAUUCUUCCUUAGUAACUUUAAAGUGAUCUCUAUAGGGGCAACAUUAGUGACCCUUGGAGAGUCUCCUCUAGGGAACACUUUACCAACCCGGUAGGGGCCAAAAGCUUGCAAAAGUGGUCCCUAUAGGGGUUUUGUUUAGUGGACUCUAUAGGGGACAUGCUAGUCGAUGAUUAAUGUAAUCUAUGCGAAAAAUUAAUUACGUAAGCGUUUUUUUAAAUGAAAUUGACAUACCCCUAUAGGGACUACUUGAGCUUUAGGGGCUAAGACCCUAGAGCCCUAUAUGGGAAUACCUUGAAUUUACCCCUAUAGGGACCACUUUUUCGGCCCUUGUAUUCUAAAACAGAAGAGCAAACUAAGAAGAAAAUCGCAGAAAAUUUUUUCUUUUUUUUUAAACUUUCGAAACGCCAGCCCAACGUUCGUUGGAUUUGCAGGCGGAAUCGCCUCUCCUUGCGCUCAAUUGAUAUUUGUCCCCACGGAUAUCGUCGCUCAGCACAUGAUGGUCCACAACAAUCCCGAAGCUUUUGGAGGUAGGAUUUCCUUUUUCACGCGCCUUUUUACCAACUUUGUAACCUAUCUUUCAAAUCUAAGCUCCUGUUUAAAAAUAUGAUGAGAUUGAACCUUCUCUUAUUGUUCAUAGGCAAAGUCGGAAAUGGUGGAAAAAGACUCUAUUUUUGCUGCCUUUUUUCGCCAUUCCAUCGGACCUUAUGCAUCACUUUUGCUGCCUCCCCCUUUUUUCCACUUAUUUUUGAACCUUUGAUAUCCAAAAAAAUGAAAGUCUCUAUAAAGGAACCCUUUUUGCUGCCUUUCUGCGGCCUUUUUUGAGCUUCUCUCUUUUAGCGGCCAUCAUUCACCAGUCCGACUUUGCCCGUGUUAUCGAGAAUGUUUAAGGCGUUUUUUUUUUCGAAUCUGCUUCAAAAGAGAAUUUUUUUUCAAAAUUCUGAGAGUGAAAAAAAUAACUAAGUUUCGAAGAGUCAGAGACAACUUUAGUUUUGCUGAAAUUACUUAAAACACGUCAGAACCUACCUUUUUUUUUCGUUAUCUCUACAAAGCUGUUCAAGAUUUCUUUUUUUUUUCUGAAAAUUGGACCUCACCCGCUUCAGUUUUUUCUCUUUAUCAGGCGUGUUCAGGAGGCUCGAAAAACGUCACAGUGGCGGACGCGAUCCGAAAAGACGGUCUCGAAGGGAAAAGGACUUUGGGACUGAGAGUGAUACGCGCCGUAUACAAAGUCGACGGGUUGAAGGGCUUCUAUAGGUUUUUUUUUUCUCUCUUCUCCUUUAAUCAAUUUUUUUCUAUGUUCAGAGGGUUCAUGUCGGCCAUCAUGCUUUAUAUGCCUUCCACGAUGGUUUUCUGGUCUACUUAUUACUAUUCUUUAUCAGUUUUCCGGAAAAUUCGCACGAAGGUAUGUUUUCUUAUUUUGUGAAAAAUGGCGUUUUAGAGACAUUUUACUGAAAAGAACGUAUUGAGUUUCUGAAAAAAAGUUCGUUUUAGUGGAAUUAACUUGAGUUGAAUACUUAAAUAUUCAAAAUUUGAACGAUUUUUUUGUUUUUUUAGCAUAAUAGGUACUACACUAUGGUGAAAUUUAAUUGAAAAAAACAGAAAUUUUUCAAAUAAAAAAAUAAAAGGGGGGGUAGGGGGCUCGUGUAGGACGUGGGACUAUUUCUUAAACAAGGGGGGGGGGAUUAUGAUCCCCAUAUUCAGAAUCAAAAUAGUUCUCAUUUACUUGUAAGAUAUUCAGAAAAACAUGCUUAUUUGGUCCUUUUUUGUUCAUUACUUGAGAAUUCCAGGGUGGUCCCUAAAGGGAUUGGUCCAUAGAGGGGGCCUUUCAAGGGCACCUAAGGUUGCCCCUAGAGGGACUUCUCUGCAGUUCGGAAGUAUGGUUCUUUAGGUUUCUAAGCAGAAGUGGGAGCGUAUAAUUUGUAGUGUCUUAAAAAUAGCUCAAGCAAGAAAAAUGAAAAUACCUUCAGGAUCUCAGAAAAAAGGUAAUUCUACCUAGCAGUUGGAAAUUUUUUGAAAAUCUAUAUCUUUUAAAGUCCCAAGUUAAGAUCUUGAAAGUCUCCAUCUGCCCAACUUUCUAUGUUUUAAGAAAUAAGUGCUCCAAGGCCCCAGAAAUGGCAUUUUUGACUGAAUUUGAAGGAUUUCUUUGAAUUAGAGCCCUUAUUCCUCAAUUUUUGCAGCAUGAGGCUUUCAGAAUCCUUUUCUGUACUUUAAGGAGUGUUCUGGCAGAUAUUCAGGAAAUUCCCAACCGAAAAAAAUAAAAAAAGACUUUCCUUGUCAGUUCUCUGAGUCUUUUUGCUUCGAUAGCUUUUCUAGAACCCAAAGAAAAAAUUUAGAAAUUUAAAAUGACAAAUUUAAAGGUGAAUCCAAAGUUGAAAUUCCUGUGGUUUUGAAUUUUAAAAAAGAGAUGGAAAAUGCUCAGUUUGAUUAAAGGUGACGGAACUGGAGAUGGGACACAAGCCUCUGACGGCCUCGGAGGUCGACGACCGCAAUUUGUUCCUCGACCAGGCCGUCUCGGGGUCGGUGGCCGGCGUCGCCUCCGCCAUGGUGACGAAUCCCCUCGAGAUGCUGCGGAUCCGUCUCCAAGUCUCUCCCGAUUUCCGUUUUCCUGUGUUAUCACCUGUUUUCAGGUACAUAGGACGACCUACCGAGAAACCGUUUCGCGACUCUUCAAGUAUGAAGGCACCAACGUCUUUACAAAGGUUCGUAAACUUUCUCCGCGUUUCUUUCUUCUUUACAAAUCAGAUAGCCAAGUGGAUUUCCUGUGAAGUCUGUUCAUUUUCAUUUCAUUCAUUUCAAGUGUUUAUUCGCCAUUUCGCAAUCUGCACGACAAAUAAAAAAAAUAACACAUCAAAACAAUCAAAUAAAUCUAACAGCUGAUCUGUGGAAACUUGAAAAAUUAAAGUGAUACUUCUGAAAAAUUAAAGUGAUACUUGUAAAAUUAAAGUGAUAUUUCCCCACGGCAGAGACUCCAUCCUAAAACCGUCGACAAUCUAAUGUCUUAAAGGCAUAAGGGCAGUAAAAACGGGGUUUGAGGUGAAAUAUUGUAAAGCUUUUCAUUGCGAAUCGAACGGUCUAUUCAAAAAAGCUCAUAUAUUAGUAGAAAUUUAUUUUCCCGCCUUUAAAUUUUGAAGUAUGGAUCUGUGUACAGAAAACUAUUUACAGUAACUGUGCACGCGAUGUUGCGGACGUGUCAUUAGACUCGCAAUUUGUGAAAAAUAACUGAUUAUCUGCUUAGAAUCAAGGUUUCUUUCCCGAAAAAUCAUUUAGGAAAACAUAAAACACACACCGAUAAUAAAGGAAACGCAAAAUAUCUCUAUCGCAAUCGAAAUCUGUGUAAAAUCUUCAUUUCUCACCAGAGAAGAAUUUUGCGAUCAAAAUCCGAAAUUUUAUAAAAGAACUGUGGUAACAACAGAAAAAUUGAAAGAAACGAAAAAAAAAAGCAAAAAUCCAAAAAAUGGCGAAGUGUUGUCCAUAGAGCAACUUUACUGCAAACGAUCUCUUGACGGGAGCUCAAACUUUUCUCUCUCCGAUUUUGAACUGUUUUUUCUCCAAAACUAGGAAGUUCGGUACCUUUCCGAGUUCCCUGUUCGACAGACAAGAAAAAGAGCUCUAAAAAUGGUCUAUUUGUCUCCAACCCUAUUUUUACUGCCCCUUUGCCUUAAAACUUUCUCAAAUCGAAAUAUUUUCCGACUUUAAUACUUGUAGGGGUUGGCGCCGCGGAUGCUCAACAACGCCUUGUAUUCCUGUUUGGUGAUGCUGGCUUACGAAAGUGUGAAACGGUUUUCUGUCCUCCCAGAGUUCAAGCAGAAAGUAGUGUGGUAGCUGCCUUUCCUUUUUUUUAAAUUUUAUGUAAAUUUUGUACUUUCUCGUUUUCCUCUCGCUCUGUCACAUUUGUCCCGAUGUCUCGUUUUUGGUGGACCCUGCAAUUUUAUCUGUAUUUCUUCUUUUUAUUAUUUAGGCCUUAGUCAUGGCUAGUCAAGUCGAUAGUUUUAGACGCGUACCUUCAGCUCUAGUAUCUGAUUUGAAUAGAAACACGAAUUCCCGUCUUCUGAAGUAGCGGGUUGUCAAAAAGUAAGCUAGCAAUGAUUCGAUCGCUGCCAGCAAAUCCUUUCGAAAUCUUCUGAUUUGCCUCUUUUUUUCUGGAUGGUCCCAAACGGUGGUUUAGCUUAUAACGUGUAUAAUUUCUCACGAAUAGUUUUCGGCGUUAUCAUCUGACGCUGUCAUUCCGUUUUCAAUCCAACUUCGUUGUAAAAAUAUAAGUUGUUCAUCAUCUUAUGUAUAGAAUUCCUUUGUUUUUCUUCUUCAAAUAAAAAAAGAUUAUCAUUGAUUACUUGAACAAUAUUUCUGUUGCAUCAUCGUGAUACCUCUGAGAAAGUCAAAAAACAGCCCUAACUGAAGUCAGAUGUCGGUGGGAAAACGGGCGGUCUCUCGCUUCGACCGCGUCAACCAAUGGCUUCAGUUCGCUCGUCAGUGGCACGUCAUCGACGCGAAUCAACAGGUUCGUUCGGUGUUUCGGAACGAAUGAAAUUCUACGCUUCAGAAAACUUGAAAUUAUCUCAUAAUUUUCCCACUUUUUGACUGAUUGAGGCCAGUGUCGACCAAUUUGGUUCAAAAUAUAGUUAGAGAAAAAAGAAAAAUUUUCUUUGAGCAUUUUUCUCUGCCUGCGCCUUUGAAUGUGGUCCAAAAUUUCCGUUAUAUUAAAGGCGCAGGCACUGAUAGCAUCGAAGAGAAGGGUUCUGUAGCUCAAGGAAAACGAAAAUCGGGACAAGCUGGCGCGGAAUGGGCUUUAGCUGUUUUAUGGCUGGCUUGAGCCAUCGAAGAAAGGGUCCUGACACGAAAAUGCACGAGAAAGUGUUUGGCCCGUGUAGAGUUCAGACAGGCCACGGACCCCUUAGGGUCCCAAGCUAGCCGUGAAUCGGCUAUAUACUCACUUUUCACUGCGAUUUUUCGAAAAAGAAAAAUUCGAACGUCUUUGGUAAUUUAAAGGCAUAGGGGCAGUAAAAAAUGGGGUUUCAGGUAAAAGCAGUAUCUUAUAUAGUUUUUCUUUGCGAAUCGAAUGGUGUACUCAAAACAAUUAAAGAUGUGACAGCUUUAGAAGAAAAACGCGAUUUUACUUUCCCGCCUUUAUUUUUGACUGCAAAGUGCCCUUUUUGCGGGAACUCAAACUUUCCUCUCUCCGACUUUGAAUUAUUUUUUCUCCAAAACUAGGAAGUUCGGUACGUUUUCAAGUUUACCGUUCGAUUCGCAAUGAAAAACUCUACAAAUUACUGCUUUGAACUGAAACACCGUUUUUUACUGCCCCUAUGCCUUUAAGUACCAAAACAAGAGUCCCAGAGUAUUUCUUCUUUCUUUUUUCUUUUUACGGAUUCCAGGCACAAACUCAGUAUUUUUUUUUUCGCAACUUUAAACUUUCCAGUGUUGUGACAAGCUGAAAAAUGUUUGAAUCGUGUUCUGUACCUCUAAUAAAUCUUCAAGACCUUUCGAGAGUAAACUUCAGUUUCUACUCAGGAUGCGAGGAAGAUAGGAGAGAAAGUGGCGAGGCAUCUGGCCGGCAGACACAAACCUAUCUGGCAUCCCGAAACGGACUGCGGCGACCACGUCGUCAUCACCAACUGCUCUCAAGUCGCCAUGCACGGUUUCGACUGGAAACACACCCUCUAUCACUUCAACAAGGUUUCCUACCCAACAAAGCGUCUCAUCGACCAUUUGUAGGAGUACCCGCGGAGCAAAGCAGAUAUUCCGGCGUGGCAAAUUCACGAGUACGACCCUUGUCGCAUCGUUUUCUUAGCCGUUUAUAAGGUUCAGCAACCUUAGCAUACCUCCUCAUUCGACUGGUUUUUAGGCCCUUGGAAAUUCCAUACUUAGGAGGCGGCAAGUACAGAGACUUCACUUAUUCCCCGACGAAGACAUGCCAAAAUUCGUCCAGAAGAAUAUUGCUAACCAGGUACGUCGCAAUAUUUCGGAAGCUCUUCGUUCUUACAAAAUGAAUGAAAUAUCAAGGAUUUCCUCUAUGUCCACGCCCAAAUUGUAAAUUGAUAAUUAUAUUGGCGUUAAGGCGGUUUUUCUUAAGUCCCUAGGUCCGCUUCCAAGUCUUCGUACUUUUUUUUUAGGGGUGUUGUUUUGUGACGGAUUUUUACAAAUAUAAAACAUUCUUCAUGAAAAUUAUGGUUUUACUUUGCAAACCAGGUGCUUCAAAGAGUGUAGUCGCACUAAACUAUUUCAGCCUCAGUUGUGCCAAAACGGGAGAAAAACGGGUGUUAAAAAAAAGAGUGGUAAAAGUUGUUAAAAGUUCUACCAGAUGUGCUUAAAGAUUUAGCGCUGGGGCGCUCACUGAGACUCCGUGUUAGCACGGCUGGGCUACUCUUUUCAGAAUGAGAAAGACUGAAAAUUUAGGAAAAGGUAAAACCAGAACUUUGACCUAGCGUUUGCCCUUUCAUCCAACCCAAUAGCUCGUUUUACAUCAGUAAACUCAAUUCGAAUAUACUCUAGCUAAUUCUCCUUGACUAAUGAUAGUAUGGUUAGUUUAGACGCGAAAAAUGAUAUGAAAAGUUAUGUAUCGUUUAGUUUUCCAAUAUGAUAUUUUCAAGCUGGCGCCCGUGCAAGAAAUAGUUCGAAGAAGCGAUCAAUAUACAGCCGAAGAACGAGCCGCUUUCCCUCGAAUCGUCAGGUUUGUCGAAAACUCUGAUGAUUGAUCAACUGUUGAGAAUUAGGUAUCCUGAAAGCCACGUUGUCGAUUGGGAACGGAGUUUUUCUAAUCCCGGAAGACACGUUAAACUAGCUCCCGGGCAAAAGGCUGAAAGUAAAAAAUAA